AUGUCUUUGUGGAGAAGACGGAAAUCCAGCCUGCCACUUCCCCAAGAAGAAAGAGGUUCCAUUGAGCAUUUUUCUUGUAGACCAGAGAGUCUGUCAACGGUUCUGUUCACCAUGUCUAACUUGUCAGUAAGUGAGCCAGCGCUGGAGAAGCCGGCGAAUGGCAGCUGUUCUGAUGUGUACGAGAAGUACGUGUUGCCCUGUAUAGCAGAGUUCCUGGGUACUGCCUUCUUCAUCUUCAAUGGAUGUGCAUCAGUGAUUGAGAAUACAGAGGGGACUGGGCAUCUUCAACCUGCUCUAGCACAUGGGCUGGCAUUGGGAAUAGCAGUAGCAAUCUUUGCCAGAGUAAGUGGUGGUCACAUGAACCCUGCAGUGUCCCUGGGUGCAGCGCUGAUUGGUGGGCUAAACAUCUUUCUGUUAAUUCCUUACUGGGCAGCUCAAUUUUGUGGAGGAAUGGUUGGCGCUGCCUUAGCAAAGGCCAUAACAUCAGAUGUGAAGUUUUUCAACGCAACAGGAGCAGCAUUUAAGUCUAUUGAACGAGAUGAGCAGGUUGGCAGUGCCAUUGUGGCAGAGGUGGUCAUGACCGCAUAUUUGGUGAUGACGGUCUGCAUGGGCACAAUAAACAAGAAGAGCACCACCCCAUUAGCCCCACUGUGCAUAGGUCUGUCGGUUACUGUGGGUAUUCUUGCUGGAGGAUCUGUAUCUGGUGGGUGUAUGAAUCCAGCCAGAGCAUUAGGAUCGGCUUUGAUUGCUAACUACUGGGACUAUCACUGGGUCUACUGGGUAGGGCCAAUAUCUGGCUCUUUGAUUGUGGGCCUGCUUCUCAGAGUUUUCAUCGGUGAUCAAAAAAUACGUGUGAUCAUGACAUGAACUAAACUGGUGGAGAAGAGAACCGGUACACAGAGCUCACGUGGCAACUCGCUCUGAUGCACAAAACAAAUGUGCUAAUAAUAUU